GGCGAUGUGUCCAGAUCCCCUCCAGGUACUGAGGCAGAGUCCCCUCUAACACAAUCUCAGCAUGGGCAACAACAUCCUGCAGUACAGGGUCCAAGUUGGAGUCACUUUGAGCACUAGCAACACUCAACAUAAACACAUAAUGACUUUCUGUAAAGAUUCACUGAAAAAUGUUAAAAUGUUAAUGUGAUUUUCUUACAGGAUGCUGAAUCAGAGGUCGGGGCUCGGUGGGCUCCAUGUGUUUGCUCCUCAUGUGGAUCCAGCAAGAACCUGUGCCUCACGUUAAGAUAGAAGAUAUGUGCCAACUGCACAUGCAACACUAAUACCAAAAACACAUGGACAUACAGCUCCUCCCCCCUUGUCUGUGUUCCUGUGUUCAGACAAACCAAACUGGCUUCAUAUCUGGAGGCUCCGACCACCAGCAGCACCUCCAUGAGCUGCGGAUCCCCUCUCCCCGUCUCCUCUCCUGGAGUCGAGGCAGAAGGCCUUGCCUUGCCUGCCUGGUCACUUGACUCUCCAGAGUGGUGUGAGGAGCAUGAACAGAGACUGUCUUUGUUCUGUUUGGAUGACCUGGAGCCUUUAUGUAAACAAUGUGCAGCUGUAAGCCAUGAAGGACACAGAGUUUACCUCUUAAAUGAGGCUGCAACUGACUGCAAGGAGGAGCUCAGAACAUCAGUAAAUGGCUUGAAGAAGAAGAAGAUUCAUUAUGAGAGAGCUACAAGGACCUGUGAACAUGCUGCAAAAUACAACCAGGCCAAGGCCAAACUCACUGAGGAGCAGAUGCAUAAGGAGUUUGAGAAACUUCACCAGUUUUUGCGAGAGGAGGAAGAAGUCAGGAUACUUGCACUCAAGGAGGAGCAGGAGGAGAAGAAGAGAGAUUUGAAAGAAAGGACGAACAGAAUGAGUCAGGUGAUAAAAUCUCUGGAAGACAAGAUCCAACUGAUUGAAGAGGAGCUAGAUGCGGGUGGUGAAGGGGUUACAUUUUUACAGCAAUACCAAGACACAGCUAAAAGCACACAGACAGGUCACAGAGAGCCAAAGAAGAUUUGCAGACUUCUAAUAAAUGUGGCCAAACAUCUGGGAAACAUCCAGUAUGCUGUCUGGGAUAAGAUGAAGCACAUCGCCCCCUACACUCCAGUGACGUUGGACCCCAGAACAGCUGGCAAGUCCCUGAGUGUGUCCUCUGAGUUAAACAGUGUCCAGAUUUCUCCUGGACCCUCACAGGGGCAUGAAGAGAGUCACAGUGUCCCAGCCAACCCUGAACGUUUUCACCCUUACUCCUGCAUCCUGGCAAAAGAGGGCUUCAGCUCAGGAGUACACUGCUGGGAUAUUGAGGUUGGCGACUCCAGUAACUGGACAGUUGGUGUGGCUGCUCAGUCAGUGUCCAGAGGAGAAGAGUUUGAGGCGUGUCCAGAGGCAGGGCUCUGGUGUAUCAGUCUGCGAGAUGGCAAGUAUCAAGCUCUGACCACUCCCUCUCAGACCCUCCACCUAGACAAGUCACACCACCUUAAAAGAGUCCGUGUGAGGCUGGACUGUGAUGAAGAGAAGCUGGAAUUCAUGAACUCUGAUACUGACGCACAUCUGUUCACGUUUAGACAUCGCUUUGCUGAAAAAGUGUACCCGUACUUUGAGACUAUAUCUGCGUGUGGUGGCCUUGCUGUGUUGGCACAGAGAGUGAAUGUCAGCGUGGGGUCACAUCACAUCCCUGUUGAAGACGCUGCCGCUAAAGAGACUCAGGAAAGUGAAUCCUCCACUGACGGAGGAAUUGUCACUUCAGUUACAAACAACAACAAGAAGACGUUAGAUUACCUACAUGUGGCAGAAGAUAAAAUCCCAUCAGUUUGUUCUAAGAGUGAGGAGACAAACACCAAACUCGAGAGACCCUCCACUCAGCAGAAGCUCAAAACAAAAUCCACCAGAAGAGAAAAGACAUCAGGCAAAAAACAGCCAACCAGGAAGCCAAGGUUCAGUGUGACCUACCAUGUUUCACUGAACCGAGCCUUAAACAUUGUCAACAAUGAAUCUGGCAACCACCAAGAAAUCCAGACUAAUCAUGUAGAUCAUUGAAAUCAUUAUUCUUGUAAUAAAUAACAAGAGCAUCCAGUUAUAACACUUUCUGAUACAGUAUUCAAAAUAAACAAUGGUAUCCAUUUUCUUUUUUUAUUAGUCUUAUUGAAUGUAGUGUGAUGAAAAUGUAUCCUAACAACAGAGGCUAAUAAAUUUACUUGAAAAGUAAAGUAAAGGUGAGAUUUCACUUCAUGUAUCCUGUUUUUUUAGAUGAUUUAUGCUCAACUCUUGGGGUCAUCUUCUCUUCUUAAG